GUUUUUCUUUCUUAGAUCUCCUAUAUAAACACUAGUUAACCUUCUUCUAAUCUUCAUCAUUCUUGCGUAAUUUGAUCUCACAACUCAUUUUGAGAACAUUUUUCGUAGCUAAGAGAAGAAAAUAAGACAUGACCAAUAUCACUUCAAGCUUUCUGUGUUUGUUGAUCCUUCUUUUGUUUUGCCUCUCUUUUGGAUAUUCUCUUCAUGGUGAUAAGGAUGAAGUGCUAAGUGUUGACGUCGGUUCAAAUGCAAAGGUUAUGAAGCAUCUUGAUGGUGAUGAUGCAAUGAAGAAGGCGCAAGUACGAGGAAGAAGUGGACAAGAGUUUAGCAAGGAAACGACAAAGAUGAUGAUGAAGAAGACAACAAAGAAAGAGACAAAUGUUGAGGAAGAGGAUGAUCUCGUUGCCUACACUGCUGAUUACUGGAAACCAAGGCACCAUCCUCCCAAAAACAACUGAUCACAUCUAUCAUAUUUAUAUAGAGACUCAACAAAAUGCUCCUCAUUAUUAUCAUAUCAAUAUAAGAUAUAUAUCAAAAUACAUAUAGUAUAUGGAGUAUUGUGAGCUUUGUGUUUGUAAAAUCGAUCGUUCAAAUUAUAUAUAUGAAAAAGUGGUAUGUAUAACCAAAUUGUGUUGUCUCAGUUAUAAAAAGUGGUAUGUAUAAUUACCAAGCUGUGUUGUCUCAAUGUUAUCCUUCUCUUAAGU